AUGCACCUUUUUUUAUUUUCUUUCUUAAUGAUAUCUUCAGCCAUCUCCAGUCAACAACAGAAGGCAUCCAACUGUGCAAAGACGAAAAAUAAUCUCGAAUUGAUGCUCAUAUGGAAGACAUCAGGGCGUACCCCAUCUAUAAAACACUUCCUCUUCCUUCUCCUCCUUAACAGACAGAACGGCCACAUCCGUCCUGCGGGUCACAUUCGUCCGACGGGCCACAUUCGUCCCGCUGGUCACAUUCAUUUCGUGAGUCAUAUUCGUCUCGCAGUCCACAUUCUGCUCUCGGGCAACAAACACUCGUCCAGCCGGCCGUAUUCAUCGUACGUCCACACUCGUCUCGCAGUCCACAUUCUGCUCUCGGGCAACAAACACUCGUCCAGCCGGCCGUAUUCAUCGUACGUCCACACUCGUCUCGCAGUCCACAUUCUGCUCUCGGGCAACAAGCACUCGUCCAGCCGGCCGUAUUCAUCGUACGUCCACACUUGUCUCGCAGUCCACAUUCUGCUCUCCAGCAACAAGCACUCGUCCAGCCAGCCGUAUUCAUCGGCCGUCCAUUCUCUCGCUCCACAUUCUGCUCUCGGGCAACAAGCACUCGUCCAGCCGGCCGUAUUCAUCGUACGUCCACACUUGUCUCGCAGUCCACAUUCAUCUCGUAGCUCUCAUUCGUCUCGCGAGUCACAUUAG